AACUGCAAGUGACACUGACAAUUUGUUAUUCAAGUAAGCCAAGCUGUAAAGAUAAAAUAAAUGAGCAAAAUAUGUGUUUGUGCGGGGAAAAUUAAACAUCAUGAUUACAUUGAAUUAGAAAAACAAGUAUAGAACUACUUAUAUCGUUUAAAAAUUCUUAAAUAAGUCAUUAAUUCAGUAGUGUAACUGAAAAUGGAUUCCGAAACCGCCAUAGAAGAAAUUGUGAAAAACGAUGAAGAAGAGAAAAUUAUCGGAGAAAAUUACAUUGAAAUUGAAAUACCAUUCAAUUUAUAUCAAUAUCUUAGUUCAGACAAUUGUAAUAUUCAGAAUAUGUGCCGAAUAUGUCUGAAUACUGAGAACGAGAUCCUGUAUCCUUUAGUUUCUACUGUUACUACCAAAGAAAACAAUGUACUAGCUCAAAUGUACACUACUUUUAGCGCCAUUCAGGUUUUUACCGGAGAUGGUUUACCAGCAAGUAUAUGUGAGCCUUGCCAAGCUUUAGUGGUACAAUGCUACGAGUUCAAAAUAAAGUGUGAAAAGUCAGACUGCAUGCUUAAAUCCCUGCUGAAAGGAGAAUUUGUAACCAAAGAGGAUAUACCCAUUCAAGACAUGGAAAUAAAAGAAGAACAUGUGGAAAAUAAUAAUGUGAAUAAUUUAGAUAAUAAUAUUGAUACCAAUGAAUAUUUUAAUGGUAACAUUGAUGUCAAGAAUGAAAAGGAACUUCUUGAAGAUGUGCAAUAUUUGGAGGAUCUCAGUGAUAAUGAUAACCUGUAUAUAGUACAAGAUAAAGAUAAAAAGAGAAAGAGAAGGAAAAAAGUAAGUUAUGACAAAGAUGAUGAAUUUGAAACUCCACCAAAUUCUUCAAAUAAAAAGCACAGAAAACGUGGAAACAAGGAAAGUACGUUUUCAUGUAAAUUGUGUUCUAAGGUGUUUAAGAAUGUGAGAACAUACCAUGCGCAUAUGAGAGUGAAGCACCCGACGACUCGUCGAGCGCACGCGUGCACCCAAUGCACUGAGUCAUUCGAUUCCGAACACGACCUCGCGGUGCAUACCUCCUUACAUAACAAGGGAGGCAGCUGGAAGUGCAACAAGUGUCCCAAAGAAUUUAGCGCUCGGUCAGUGUUCAGACGGCACAUACUACGGCAUAUGGAGUCGAAGCGCUAUACGUGUCCCGUGUGUGACAAGGCAUUCAGUGAGCUGUACGCACUGAAGCGACACGCGAGGGUACACACUGGCGAACUGAUUGAGAAGAAACACGCCUGCACCAUGUGUGACAAGAGGUACAGUGAGAGUGGCCUGCUGGCAGCCCACAUGACCCGUCACAUAGGGCUCCGCCCCUGGGAGUGCGAUGUAUGCGGGAAGACGUUCCCGUCCAGUCGCCUCCUCGCCUCGCAUCGCCUCAUACACUCCGACCGCAAGCCGUACGCCUGCCAGUAUUGUGAUAAACGUUUCCGUCACGAGUCGACCCGCAACACCCACCACCGCACGCACACUGGCGAGAAACCUUACGUGUGCUCCGUAUGUGGGAAGAGUUUCAUACAAAAUUCUAACUUGACGCUGCAUAUGAGGACACAUACUGGCGAAAGACCGUACUCAUGUUCGAUAUGUGAUCGCAAAUUUACAUCGGGCUCCUCACUCAAAAGCCAUGAACGGAUACACACUGGGGAGAAACCUUACAGCUGUAAUGUUUGUGGCAAACGGUUCACACGCAAGAACCUGAGCGCACACAUGCGCAAACACACGGGCGAGCGUCCGCACCAGUGCAGCUUCUGCUCCAAGAAGUUCAUCAACUCCGCCAGGCUCAGGGACCAUCACCGUGUUCACACCGGAGAAAAACCAUACGACUGUACCACGUGCUUAUUAAAAUUCGCAACAAAAUCUCAACUAAUGAAACACUUUAAAAGCCAUCAAACGAAAAAGAAGAGAGGAGAAAAUCGUGGUCGAGGACUCGUUAUUUUACAAAAUAUUGAACCCGUUACUGUUACCGAUGAUGGAGUAUUCAACAAGAACGAUACUAAACUAGCAACGGUGAACGAAAAUGCUGAGGCUGAUAAAUCACAAGGUGAAUUGGACGGUUUGACUGUGAACAUCAUACAGAAAGUCCCACUGGAGUUAGCAGGAGAGUUGGUGCUGCAAGAUAACAGCGAAAUGAAACACAACCUUCUAAUCGUUGAUAAUUCUCAAAGCAAUAUGAAAUACGAAACUGAAAAUGUAUGCCUCGACACUAGCAACGUAAAUAUAAUCGAUGACAGACCUUACAACGCUGAUAUGGACUUAGUCACUGUUAACGAAGGCGGAAUGAGCAUUUCUACCACCAGCCUAGAGGGAGCCACUGUGAAAUUAUACCAAUUAGACCAAAGAUUAAUGCAAAUACAUAGCGCCGGCGCACAAAUCACUAUUAGUAAAAUAACUAGCAAAAUGACAACUAACUUAUUGUAAAGCAUUUUGUCAUAUAUUUUAUGAGGGUUCCUAAUUUAUUUUAUUCUAACUACAAUAAUCUUUCUAUGAGGUAGACAGAAUUUACCAAGCGCCCUCUAAUAAGAUACAUAUUUUGUCAAGGAAAGCAUUUUAAUGCAUGCAUUUACUCUUCUUUCAAAAUUGACUCCAAAAUCCAUCUAUCAGUUCCAUAUCAUCAUCAGUCUACCACUUUGCCAUUAUCUGUAUCAAUAUGAAUCUCUUUGAAAAUCCUUCUCUGUCUACUCUUGUGUGGUGGGUAUGUCAUUUUUGUGUUAUUAAAUAGAAGAUUACAGUAUUUAUUUUAUGGACAAAAAUGUUUUUACAAUCAUCAUUGUACAUUGUACCAAAAGUAUUAUUUUGUAAAUAAAAAUUUUUAAAUAAAACCAAAAUUUAUAAGCAACAAUAAA